UCUCGAGCACACAGCGAUGCUCUCACUAUAGUCACUUCAUUCCAAACUUUUUUAGUUGUGAUUGUCCUUUUUAACAAGCUGAUCAUUGACAAAAGAUCAGACGCCAGUAUUGCUGUAUGGAGUCUGUUUCUGUGCACGAGCGCGUACGAACAUCUUGAUCAUUAUGAGAGACAAAAAUGAGACUUCUCAUGAGAAGAGAGUCAGGGGUUUACGUACAAAAGCACAAUGAGAUGUUAGUGAUGAUCAGUGAGACUCACUCACGUGAUCUGAAAUGUAUGAAUUGAUCAGUACAAACCCGUCAGACGUUGUUGGCAGACUGGCGUUUAAAUACAUGGAGAUGUGUAAAGUAGACUCAAGUUCAGACUCUGAAUCAGAGACAAACCCAAGAUGGUCUGAUGUCAACAACAAGGCGUUUGAGAAUUGGGCAGCUUGUAAGAAACUCCAGCGUUUGAGUGGACAAAACUACCAACAGUGUCUGGAUCCGUAUGAUGGAAGUUCAGAGGACUCUUCGAAUUCCUGGAAUAAAGGUCCGAAGCGACAAAGGCACAGCGGUUUUAGGGUGAAGGGCAGAGGCCGCAGAUCGGCUAUCAACGCUCCGUGCCCUCGCAGAGAAACGACCCAGCACGAGCUGACGGACGUUCGUCAUCACGGUGACGUUCAGAUGAGAUCAUCCAGUGACACUGAACCGAGCUUUUGUUCUCCCUGCAGGGCUGUAACACGCUUGAAAGUGGACCUGUCUGAUUCCGGAUUCAACACCAGAUCCUCCCUCAACUCACCCGCACUACCGUCAGGUACAGAGACCGUAGAGAGAUCCUCCGAAAGGAUCCAGUUAGGAUCAUCUACACUGAGUCCCAGGUCUCCAGACUGCUCCUCUUUCCACGGUGCGUUUUCCAAACGAAAGUUCUUCCCUCCGUCGGGUGACACGGACGAGGGGAUGCAGCGCAAACGGCCGUGCAUCAGUGACAUGGAGGUCGAGAGGGAAUGAGCACACCGACUAAACAUAACCUCUGGCCUGGAAGAUCCUAUGAUACAAUAAUUACCACCAUUUGUCUAAAAGGUUAAUCAAAAAGAAGCGACUGAAAAUCAUGGUGUGAGACAAUAGUUUGGGUUCCUUUUUCGUCCUCUGACAUCAUGUUUUAAGCUCAUUUGACUUUGAUGGAACAGAGUUUGAGGAAUGUUGAGGCUGCUGUUUUCCUCACACACAAUAACAGUAAAUGAUGAUAGAAGCCGUCAGACAAACAUUCUGUUCCACAGAAGAAAGUCCUGUGAAAUUAAAACUAUCCCCCAGUGACAAAACACUACUAUAGUACCAGCGGACUGAAGAUGGCUCUUUCCAAAAUAUUCAAGAGAUCAGUGCAACAAGCAAUUUAUAUUUGUCUCAAGGAUGUCGUCACGGACAACAGUGACUCAAUGAAGGUUCUUGUAAAUUUAGUAAAAGUUGCAUUUCAUGGAAAAAAUGUUCUAAAAAAUUAUAUCUAUUUAUUGUGUUUAUUAUUUGCCUGUGUGUGCCUCUGAGAUGGCUCAGACAAGGACAUGAAACUGAAAAACAUUUGUUUAUCACGGGGUUGUACUGUAAAUAAAUCUAGCACGUUCAUGCAUCUUUCCACAGAGUCCAUUUAUUUCAAGCUUUAGACAAAGCAAAUGCGUAAUAAACCUGUGAUGGGGUUGACAUUAUAAUUAUGAAACACCUCGAGCAUCUGAUGUGUGUAAAUGUGCUGAAAGACACCAUGCUUUACAAAUUCUACACGCACACAUUUUUGCAGAAUAUGCAGACCUUUAUACACUGCUCAAAAAAUUAAGGGAACACUUAAUCAUCACAGCAUAACACAAAGUCAGUUAACCUUCAGGACAAGGAAGCACAAGUGAUUGUGAACAAUUUUCACUUGUUUUGGUGCAAACAAAAGUGACACCAGGUACACUGGAGAGGCAAGGGUGGUCUGGGGAGGAACAUUGUCAGAGGGUCUCACAGACCUCCAUGUGCUGUGAAGUAUGGGGAUGAAAUCCUCUGAACUUAUGCUGGUGCAUAAUAAUGCCCGGCCUCAUGUGACCAGAGUCUGCAGGCAGUUUCUGAAUGAUGAAGGUAUUGAUGACAUUGACACGUUCCACAGACCUAAAUCCAGUUGAGAACCUUUUGGAUCUCGUGUAUCCAAAGCCGUCAAGUAGCGCCAUACUGUCCAGGAGCUCACUUAUGCUCUGAUCCAGGAAAUCUUCCUGAACACCAUGUGCCAUCUCAUCAGGAGUAUGCCCAGACAGGCACGUGGGGCCACACGCAUCACUGACUAACAUGAGUUACUGUGAUUUUCAUUUUCUUACAGUGAUCUUACUAUAAUUCCUGCCCUGAAUGGGUUUAUGAUUUUGGCAUUCUUUGACUAUUGACACAAUGUUCUCUCACAACAUUAUACAUAGUACAUAAGAGUUUUAACCUGGUUAUUUCGUUUGUUGCGAUCUAAUGCGGUGUGAUUUAGGUGUUCCCUUAAUUUUUUUGAGCCGUGUAUUUGAACUUUUUAAAGAGUAAGCUAACUCAUUGUAAUGAUUAAAAUGUAAAUAGCAAAGAAAUGAUGAUAAAGGUUUGAGGCACACUGUAGCUCCUCAGAAACGGAACAACAAGAACCAAGAAUAUGUAGUUCCUGUAGCUCAGUCAGUAGAGGUUGUGGGUUCAAGCCCAGGGAACACACGUACCAAUAAAGUCAAGUAUAGACGAAAACUAAAAUGCACUGCAAGUCGCUUUGGAAAGCGUCUGCCAAAU